AUGGCGGAAACAACAGUAUAUCGAACAAAACCAUCAAAUGAAACUUCAACUAAAGGUCAAACAGCAUUCUAUCGUAAUGUUAUAUUACCAAGUAAAGCUCUUAAAGAAAAACAAAAGCUUCCAUUAAAUCAAAUUAAGAAUACUGCAGCAGCAUAUGAAAAGCAAACAACACUUCGAAAAGAAGAUACUGAAAAAUUUCGAAGUUCAUUAGAACGUCAACUAUCAAUUGAUAUGCUUCGACAUGGUUAUCAUAAUUCAUUUCGUGAAUUAUGUGCUAUAUUAGCAUGGCAAAAAGAAGAUCGAGAACGACUAGGUGCUGAACAUCCACUUCAUCGACGACCAUUACUUGAUGCUGAAUCAGAUAAAUUACGUUAUCUUUGUCAAUAUCUCAAUAAAGCUGAAGAAGCUGAACGACGAUCUCAAUUCUCAAAUAUGUACCAUAAUUAUUUGGAAUUAGCAUCAUAUUUUUUAAAAAGUGAUGAUCGAUGGCUUUCCGAUUAUUUCUAUGAAAAAAGUCUAACAGUUGCUCAAACACAUUCACAAUUUGAUCCACAAUUAGCAGCUGAAGCUUAUCUUAAUGUUGGUUUAGCAUAUGAACGACGAAGUGAUUUAGUCAAAGCCUUGAAUAGUUUUAUAAAAUAUUAUCAAUUAAGUGAAGACAAUGAACAUUUAAAAACGGAUGCUAGUAUACAAUUAACACGUUUAUAUAUGAAAUUAGCCCAACGUCGAACUGAUAAUCAAUCACUUCAAUAUGUUAACAAAGCAUAUGAAGCUUCAAUUCAAACUGGUGAUAAAAAAGUUGAAAAUGAAACAAGUUAUAAGCUAGGACAAGCUUUUCUUGAACAUGGAGAUGUCGAUUCAGCUUUAAAAUAUCUUCAUAAAUAUUAUGAUUAUUGUCAAGAAGUUAACAACGAUGAAGGUUUUGGUCAAGCAAGUGAAGCACUUGCAAUCUGUUAUCAAAAAAAAUCCAAUAUUGAAAAAAGUACAGAAUACUUAACAAAAUAUUUACAAAAAGUAUCUGAUAAAGAAGGUGAUAUGCAAUAUGCUAGAGCUUGCAGUGCACUUGGUUUUAUUCAUAUAACAUUGAGUCAAUAUGAUUCAGCUAUACAAUCAUUAAGUAAAGCUUAUAGUAUAUCAUUAGCAAAUAGUCAUGCUGAUCUUGAUCGUAAUCGAGUUUUAUUCGGAAUUGCACAUGGCAUGAAAUUACGACCAGCCUUUAAUGAUCAUGUUGAUCGAAUGCAUACAAAAGAAUUGCUUCAAUGGAAAUGUACAAGACAUGAAAGUUUUAUAACCAAACCAAAACCUUAA